AUGUCGGUUUUUGAUCCACUCGGGCUACUUGCGUUCUUCAUCGUUCACGGCAAGAUUAUUAUCCAAGAUAUUUGGAAGACCAAAACGAACUGGGAUGAGAAAAUUACGGAAGAGCUGAGAGAUCGUUGGAUACAGUGGACGGAACAGUUUGAGAAAUUGUCGGAGGCAAAGAUACCACGCUGUUACUUUCCGAAUUACCCGAAAGACAGUGUCAAAGAUAUACAGCUUCAUAUUUUCUGCGAUGCGAGUGAACAAGCUUAUGCCAGUGUAGCUUUUCUGCGAGCUCAAAUCGAAGGUUCCAUACACUGCGCUCUCGUUAGCGGAAAAUCGAAGGUUGCGCCAUUGAAAACCGUGUCUAUACCACGACUGGAGCUUCAAGCAGCGGUACUGGGAGUUCGGUUGCAAAAAUUGAUCAAAGAGUUUCACAGACUGUCAAUCAGCAGAACCGUAUACUGGAGCGACUCGCAAACUGUGCUAUCGUGGAUAAAAUCAGACCAUAGGCGUUAUCGACAGUACGUGGCGUGUAGAAUUGGGGAAAUUUUGACCGAAUCUAGUGUAGACGAUUGGAGAUGGAUACCGUCGAAGGAGAAUGUGGCUGACGAUGCUACGAAGUGGGGACAAGGUCCAAACUUUUCGAACGAAUCUAGAUGGUUUCGAGGCCCACAGUUUUUAUAUCACCCAGAGGGCGAGUGGCCAACCGACUGUAAGAUUAGCAUAGAAACUACGGAGGAAUUAGCAGAGUGCUUGCAUCACUUUUCCGCGCGGAGCUUCUUUCAGCUGAUUCGAUGGGAGCGCUUUUCUUCUUGGCAGACGCUGUGGCGGUCUGUGGCAACUAUUCUCAAAUUUUUCGACAUGUUGCGCGCGAAGGCUAAGAAGGUAUCGUACGUCAUGGGACCUGUAACGAGUGAGGAACUGACUAGAGCGGAAGAUAUAAUUUUUAAAUUAGUUCAAAAAGAAGUGUAUUUUCAAGAAUUGUCGGCACUGUUAGAGAAGAGCCAAUCAGGAAGUAAAACACGCACCCAGAGCACACUGAACAGAAACAGCAAGUUGUUUAGGCUCUCACCAUUCCUAGACGAACGCGGAAUUAUACGAUUAGAGAGCCGCAUUAUUGCUGCGUCCUAUGUAUCGUUCGAUACCAAGUUUCCGAUAAUUUUACCUAAGGAACAUGUUGUCACCCGGCUGAUGUUAGAGGCGCUUCACAAACGUUACCUUCACGCAAACGGAGAAACCGUGGUUAACGAAUGUAGGCAGCGUUUUCACAUUCCGAACCUUCGAAGUCUUGUUCGAAAGGUGUCUAGAUCAUGUCCGCAGUGCAAAAUAAAAAAAGCGAAACCCACGACCCCGAGAAUGGCUGCGCUUCCAGAAGCAAGAUUACAAGCUUUCGUCCGACCUUUCACCCACAUUGGCUUGGACUACUUUGGGCCACUGAACGUGCGCGUAGGAAGAAGUGUGGUGAAAAGAUGGGUGGCACUCUUUACAUGCUUAACGAUUCGUGCCGUCCAUCUUGAGAUUGUUCAUUCCUUGACGACCGAAUCUUGCAAAAUGGCUAUACGGCGAUUCAUUGUUUGCCAUGGCUCGCCGCUAGAAAUAUAUAGUGACAACGGAACAAAUUUCGUAGGAGCAAGCAAUGAACUUAAAAACGCAGUCGAUUCGAAACAGCUAGCAGAAUGCUUCACAAACGCUUAUACAAAAUGGAUCUUCAACCCACCGGCAGCACCACAUAUGGGCGGCGCCUGGGAACGCUUGGUGCGCUCCGUAAAAGUGGCGAUGGCAGCGAUGCAGACGUUGCGGAAUCCGGAUGAUGAAACCCUAGCGACGAUAGUUAGGGAAGCUCAGGGUGUGGUAAAUUCACGUCCUCUUACCUUCAUCCCGAUUGAAAGUGAAUCUCAAGAGGCCUUAACACCUAACCACUUCAUUUUACUAAGUUCCAACGGAGUAACUCAAAACCCAAAACCGUUGGCCGACGACAGCAUGGCGCAUCGCAAUAAUUGGAAUCAGCUCAACACGAUGGUAGACCAGUUUUGGAGGAGAUGGGUCAGAGAAUAUCUUCCGACUAUUGCUCGUCGAACAAAAUGGUUUAUCGAUGUAGCGCCCAUUGAACAAGGAGACCUGGUGAUUGUUAUUAGCGAAGCGGAAAGGAAUUGUUGGCUGCGUGGACGUGUAUUGGAAGUCAUCGAAGCGAAGGACGGUAGGCGGCGACAGGCGAUUAUACAGACGACCCAUGGUGUUUUAAAAAGACCAGUAGCUAAGUUGGCGCGUUUAGACAUGGAAUGUGGUAAGCCAAGAUCGUCGAGUGCGUCCACCGACCUUUCUUACGGGCGGGGGGAUGUUACGGCAACUACGCCCGGUCUUCCGACCCCACCAAUGGGCAGAAACUGA